AUGAGCAAAUCAAUCACACUCGAUGCAGACAUCAUUGAAUUUGAUCUUGAUGGAACAUUAGUCUAUACCACAUCUGUUGUUGAAAAACUUUGGUCAGAAUUGGCUAUUCAACAUGGGGUUGAUCCUCAUACUGUUUUGAAUGAUUCACAUGGAGCUAGAACGUCAGAAACAUUUGCUAAAUAUUUCCCAAUGAUUGAUAACACCGAUAAUAAAGCUGUUGAAAAAUUUGAAAAGGAUAUACCUGAUAACUAUGGACAUUUGGUCAAGAUCAUUCCAGGAACAAUCGAGUUAUUAAAUGGUAUAGAUAAAGAUAGAUGGUGUAUUGUCACUUCAGGAAGUAAUUAUAUUGCAAAUAGUUGGUUCAAUGGGAUCUUAAAAGAUGUACAGAAACCAAAAGUUUUCAUAACAGCUGAAUUAGUUACAAAUGGUAAACCAGAUCCAGAAGGUUAUCUAAAGGGAGAUAAGAUCUUGAGUGAAAGUUUGGGAAUAACAAGUGAACACAAGAAAAUCGUUUUUGAAGAUGCCCCAAUGGGAGUUAAAGCUGGUGUUGCAUCAGGUGCUAUAGUUAUUGGUGUAAAUAGCGGGAACAAUGCUAAAUUAUUGUAUGAAUCUGGUGCUUCAUAUGUUGUGAAAGAUCUAACUGAUAUCAAAGUUUUGGAUGCUAAUAAAGUAUCAUUGGAGGUUAGAUAUGAUUAA